ACUGAUGUCUCAGUGGUGUACGCCACUCUCCACAUGGGGCUGGACGGGCUUCUCUCCUCUUCAGCGUGGUCGGAGGCUGCCUCCUUCUCUACUCCCACCACUCAGCAGUUCAGUGACCCAGAGCCUGAGGGCCACAACUGCUAUGAGGGCUGGGAGGAGGACCUGCUGCCUGAGGAGAGGGAGGUUCCUCUGCUAAACCUCUACCUUACCACCAAGAGAGUGGAGGACAUCGUCCUGAGGCUCGUCUCCUUGCGCCAGGCCUUCACUACCCUGCUUGGUUCCACCCUGAGCAGGAACCAUCUGUUUGUGGCAGGAAAGGCCCUCCUGGGCGGCCUUGUUCAGGCCAACCACAUGGACGAGGCCAAAUUCAUCCGUACCUAUAACGACUUUGUGGACUACCUGAGUGACCCCUCCAAGCGGAAUGACAUUGAGAGGGAGCUGGCUGAGGCAAAGAUCCAUCAUGUGAACAUGAUAGAUGUCCUCUUUGAGCUGGUGCUGUUUGGGAUGAUGACAGCUCAGAAGUCCCUGAUGGUGCACCCUGGUGGGUUCGUGGAGCGUCUGUACGCUCUCCUGUCCUCCUUCCUGCCCACUGCUGCCAACAUGGAGCCAGAGGCUGAUAGAAUCCUACUGCUGCUCAAUGGCGGACUGAUGGCUCUGCUAGAUGACAUGUUUGGCCAGCAGCUGGCCUGGUAUUUUAACUCCGAGUCUCUGGUCACUGAGCUCUCCAUCCUCCUGGAGUACCACUUGGAGAACCUCAUGGCCAGCAUGUAGUCCUACUGCAGGGACCAUACUCCUUUCUCCUUCUCUCUCUCUUUUGAAGGAAUUGAGGACUUGAAGUGCUUUGUUGAACCCUGAUUAGUUAACACCCAUUAAUUUAAUGUAUUCUCUUGUUUUCUCUCCCCACAGGAUUAUUGUGACACUUUGCCACCCAACAGGGAUCUAGACACCAAUGCACUACAUUACUUUGCACUGAAUUU